AUGAGUGAAAGGUACGCCACGAUUGCAGAACAACUGGCCAAAUGGCACCAGGACCAUUUGCUGGCGUUCUGGGACGUGCUAUCUGAGCAGCAACGGACCACGCUGCUCGAUUCGCUCUCCGAUAGCGUCGACUGUGGUGCGUUGGAUGAAGCGUUCCGCCGUGCCAUGGCAACCGCCACGUCGACGAAGGAAGAUUUGAACGAGCUGCUGAAACCGCUCGCCCGCGAACGGUACCUAUCGGUUGCCGAAGCAAAGGAGGCGGAACUAGAGAAUUUGCGACAGAUAGGACUAGAACAGAUCCGGGCAGGCCGAGUUGGUGUGAUUCUGCUGGCCGGUGGACAAGGCACACGGCUCGGUUCGUCCGCCCCGAAAGGCACGUAUAACGUGCAAUUACCGUCGGGAAAGUCACUGUUUCAACUGCAAGCCGAACGUAUCAGGAAGCUUCAGCAAUUAGCCGGUGGUGACGGUCGGAUCCACUGGUACAUUAUGACCAGCGAGCAUACGCACACGGAAACACUCGACUACUUCCGGGAGAACGAUUACUUUGGACUUCCGGGCGAGCAGGUUCGCAUGUUCCGCCAGCGCAGCGUACCGUGCGUGGAUUUCGAAGGCCGCAUUCUUCUGGAUGAAAAGUGGAAAGUGUCCACCGCUCCGGACGGUAACGGAGGUAUCUAUCGGGCGCUCAAGGACGAAGGCAUACUGGACGAACUGGAACGGACAGGCGUCCAGUAUCUCCACGCCCACAGUGUCGACAACAUACUGAUCAAAGUUGCCGAUCCAGUUUUCAUCGGCUACUGUGUCCGCAAGGAGGCCGACUGCGGUGUGAAGGUGAUCGAGAAGGUACAACCGGACGAAGCGGUCGGUGUAGUGUGCGAGGUGAAAGGCAAGUACCAGGUAGUUGAGUACAGUGAGCUCUCGAGUGAAACGGCCAAUCGACGUAAUCCGACCGAUGGCAAGCUUACGUUCAAUGCGGGCAACAUUUGCAACCACUUCUUUACCAUCAGCUUUCUAAGGCGCAUUGCCGACACGCAAAUGCCACUGCACGUGGCCAAGAAGAAGAUCCCGUACAUCGACACGGCGACCGGAGAACGGGUAAAGCCCAACGCUCCGAACGGCAUCAAGAUGGAAAAGUUCAUCUUCGACGUGUUUCCGCUGGCGGAACGGUUCGUAGCGCUGGAGGGUCGCCGGGAGGAAGAGUUCAGUGCCCUCAAGAAUGCCGAUUCGGCCGGGAUAGAUUGUCCGUCGAGUGUGCGGGGCGACAUAUACCGAUUGCAUCGGAAGUGGCUUAUCAAAGCAGGCGCGGUCGAAGUGCUUGAUGCUGCCGAUGCAUCAUUUGAUUGCGAAAUUUCUCCGCUCUUAUCGUACGCGGGCGAAGGUUUGGAGUUGGCUGCCAGCGGUCAAAGCUUCCGCUGUCCCGUGCAUCUAACCGGAACCGAUGAGCGACUUGCUGAUUAG